UAUAUAUAUAGAUAGAGAGAGAGAGAGAGAGAGAGAGAGAGAGAGAGAGAGAGAGAGAGAGAGAGAUGGCAUCUGGUUGUCUGUUCAUUGAAAGCCUUAUAUUAAUGAAUUUUCCAGUGGGAGCGAACACUCCAUAAUAAGUCAUAAUACGUAUAUAGAUUAAUCCUGGAAAGGUCGUCAAUACGUGUUCCAGCAAUUAAUGAGUUCUUGAAGCUGUAAGUUACACCUGUGACUUAUCUCUCUCUCUGAUGUAUGGACUCAGUACUGUAUUUGAAUCGCAUUAUAGUUAUCAGUGAAUAAAAUGAGUAACAAAGAGUACCGCGUCGCUGCUGGGCUUUGGUUAGAACCUUUUCUAAUAAUAAGAAAGUCUUCAAGGUAAUGGGUGUCGCAGAAUUAAUAGAGUAUCACUUUUGAGUUAAGUUGUUAACUUCUGCGUUGUUUAACAAUAUGAAUAAACGAUAACACACGCACGUACAGUAGUAAAUGCUCAACUUUAUAUCAGCAUCAUCGCUUUCAGUAUAGAGUGACUUCUGUAUGUUAUAGCUGGCAGGGCCAACGCGGAAUCAGAGGAAUUUAUUUCUGGUGAUAGAAAUUCGUUUCUCGAUAUAGUGUGGUUAGGAUCCCACAAUAAGCUGCAGGUCCCGUUGCUAGGUGACCAAUUGGUUCCUAGCCACGUAAAAAUAUCCAAUCCUUCGGGCCAGCCCUAGGAGAGCUGUUAAUCAGCUCAGUGGUCUGGUAAAACUAAGAUAAACUUAACUUAUAGCUACCAGCACACGGAUUUCCAUUUUACAUGUUUUAAAUAUUAAGUACUGUUUUCUUGGGUAUGAUAAAGUUUCUCUAAUUUUACUAUUUAACAGUUCUCGUGCUCAAACCAAUAAAUGAAGGACUGACUGUCAACGCGUAAGUCUCAGAAACUUCACCAGUGUGCGCAAGGUGUUAUGAUGAUUACACUCUUAAAUUCCACAUUUUUAAUUACUCCAGGAAACAAAAUGGGAGGUGUUACAUGUUUAUUAGAGUUUGAGUGUCCAUUUGUGUCAGACUGACACCUCGAGAGCGCCAGAAUAGAAUUAGCUGGAGCUGACGUUUCUCGAGAUGACAAACUCUCUGGAGAAAUCAUUUCAGAGAUGACGAAUAUUUCUUGCAAUGGAAACCCAAUAUAAGCUAGGUACUUUCGACUGUGUAUAUAUAUAUAUAUAUAUAUAUAUAUAUAUAUAUAUAUAUAUAUAUAUAUAUCUUAUAAUGUAAAAUUUGUAAUGCAAUUAUAAUUGUGGUAAUAUGAUUAAUUCACCUCAGAACCUGUGUAUCAUGUUAUGAAAUGUAUGUUUUGUGUUCAGAUUCCCAAAUUUAAAGAUAACACAUGUUAAGUAAGGCGGAGAGAGGAAAGACGUAUGUAAGACAGAGAGAGAGAGAGAGUAACAGAGAAGGUUGUUAUUCACACCUCGCGAAGGCCUGACCCAGCCGAUUUCUUUAUCGGCGCAAACACGUGCGUAAGACCUCCCAGGCCGCAUUGAGUCCUUGAGGUUCCGUACAAUGAUGUUAUUCAUGGUUUAACAUAGAGAGAUGAUAUAAUAUGUUUUCGUCUUAAACUAGAUGCUAAUCGCCCAUCCGCUUAUGGGAAUAGAAAACCUUUCAUUCGAUUUUGAGACCUAGCCGCUGGCAUGAGGGAUAGGAUCUCUCUCUCUCUCUCUCAAAAUCUCUCUCUCUCUCGCUCGCUCGGUUGCGAGGCUGUUUCAGUAACUUAACGUAACUCACAUUAAUUUUAUAUUCGAGCUGGUCACUCAUAAUUCUUAGUAAAAUAUGUGUUGUUUGUGGAAUCUGAACAUAGUAUUAUUUCUAUUGGUUUUGUGAAGGCACCCACGAAAGUGUAAGUGUGUAACAGGCCUUUAAGCGGCAGCUGCGUAAACAGGUAUUUUUACAAAUGUUUUGAAGUGCACUUCGAGGUUUUAUUUUACCAUUGGAUAAAAUUAUAAUUUUUAAACACAUUUAUCUUUUGCUUUGUUCUUUUGACAUAUCCAAUUUUAUAUGCUUAAUGUUUGUACUGUCAAUACUUUAAUUGUUUUCAUAUUAUGCAUUAUGUUUUUGCAUUGUUUUUUUUUUUGUUUAAUUAGUUUGAAUAAUAUUCUAUUAUGUAAUUCUUUGAAUCUAACACUUGCAAAUUAAUUUGUAUUUAAUUGAAUAUAAUUUCAAAUUUAAUUAUUGCUUUAUGAUUUAAUUUAAUUAUUUUCUUGAUAAACUUUGAUUUAAUUUUGCUUAAUAAUUAAUUCAAGAAUUAAUUAAACUUUUGUUUUCAAGUAAUAACAAUUUCCCUGAGAUUGUGAAUUUCACUUAUAAAUUUUGAAUUUAGAAAUAAAAUUUUGUAUUCGAAAUUUAUAUGAGCAUUUUAUUAUAUCACCAGUAUUAUAUUUUAUUUUUUUGUUUAGGUAGAAAUAUAGAGUGAUAAUUGUGACGUUUCCCACAAAUAAAACAGAAUCAGGGAAAUACUUAGAUUUGAAAUUGCAGGAGUGAUGCCCUUUAUUUAAGAUUACCUCACACCUAUUUUAAUGAACUUAGACUGAUUGUUUUCUUGACUGUUCAGUUAAAAAAGGGAUCACUAUUACCUUUAGAGUAUUCAGUCGUUUAGUAUUUGUGAUGAAGGGUCAGAUGUCUGGCUGUAGUGAGGUAAGUAAUAACCAGGUACUUGAACAAACUGUGCCCUAAGUACAAAGGGUGUCCCAGACCCAGGAAUAAAAGGGUCUCUUGUACUAGCAAGUACAAAUGGUAAGUGUAGUAACCAGAUACUUGGCAAUUUGGGUUAAAAAAUAUUAAUGGUGUCCAGACACAGAUCUCUGACUACUUCAUGCACCAAGUAUUAAUGGUAUCCAGACCCAGAUACUCUAGGCCACUUCGCCACAAGUAUUAAUGGUGCCCAGAGACCCGGGAUAUUUGGCACUUUAUGUACCAAGUAUCAAUGAUCCCCAGAAACCAGGGAGGAAAACAAAUCACAUUAUCACUCUAGCUUAUACUGGUGGUGUUAGAAGAGUGACCAUAUAUUUGUUUUUGCAUUUUAUUGUAUGUAUUUGAGAAAAAUGGCUCCAUUCGAUACUCAGGAAUUUUUAGCAGCCCCUUCCAUCCAAGUGUUGUCUGAAACUACUCUGACUAAGGCACAGUGGAGUGUUCUAGCAGUAGCAUGUGGUUGUCAUGUGUCUAGUAGCAUGAUAAAAGCACAAAUCAAAUGCAUUGUCAUGCAAGCAUUGAUAGACUCUGGUAGAAUAACUGAUGAUGAUGAGUUAGAACUGGCUCAAGAGUUGUUGAAUGAAGCACAGGCGGAUUUUAUAAAUAAACAAGUAGAAAAGAAAGAGAAAAGUGAUGCAGAGUUAGAAAUCAGAUGCAUAGAAGCAGAAGAAAGUUUGAUUAAGCUGAAAAUACAGGCUGAAAGAGAGAGAAUGCAAGCUGAAAAAGACAGAGUAAACAGGGAAAAACAAGAAAGAAGAGAAAGAGAAGAAGAAAAAGCAGCAGAAGAUGAAAGGCAAAGGAUAAAAGAGGAAAGAGAAAUUGCAAGACAUGAAAGGGAGAUGGAAUUGAUAAGAGCUAGAUCCACAUUACCUGCAACACCGUCUAACCCUAACCAUGGUAAUCAAGACCCUGCAUUUGAUGUAGUAAGAGUGCAGAAAUUAAUCCCUAAGUUUACUGAAGAGGCUCCAGAUGAGUUCUUUGAUCACUUUGAGAAAGUGGCUUCAGGUAUGGGAUGGCCAGAAGAUAAAUGGUCAGUUUUGCUACAAAGUGUCUUGAUUGGUAAAGGGAGAAGCGCUUACUUAGCCUUAACAGCUGAUCAGUGUAAAGACUAUAAGGUGCUCAAACAUAAUGUGCUACAAGUAUACAAGUUGACCCCAGAGUACUACAAUGAAAGAUUCAGAAACUUAAGAAAGGAUGAAAAAGUAACUUUCUUGGAUUACGCUUAUAAAGUGAGAAGGUGUUUUAAAAGAUUGGUUGGCAGGCAAGCCUAA